AUGAGCUCAACAAAUUUCGCUGCUGCACAGGAACGAGUGCUGGACCGCCGUCGCCUCCGCGAGGCUGAAGCCCGUGCGCGACGGGCGGAACAGCAUCGAGCCUCCCCAAUCAAUUCGGCCGCCGUUCAGCGUUUACCGUAUCCGCUAAACAAAUUACCAGGAGCAGGCUGGACACUGUGGAACUCGGUGAAAGGAAGAGAUGGAACGCGACCAGCCUUUCGCGUCGGUCAGGUCGAUGCCGAGCUGCUGGAUGAGGAGCUACUAGGCCUGAUGAAGGGCCAGGUUGGGGAUGCGCUCAAAUAUUUCGGGCCUCAGAUGCGCGAGGAUUGGUCGCAUGAAAUUCUGUUCGCGCUACGGGCAAUCCUCUUCAAAUUAUCGAUAUGGGACCACAACGCGUCGUAUGGUGCCGCUCUUCAGGGUCUUCGCUAUACCGACAGUCGCAGCGAAGGCCCCGUUCAUUCACCUCCAACAAAAACACAAAAGACUAUGUACGGCCUUCUCACGGUUGGUGGGCGGUAUGCAUGGGAUAAGUGGGGGAGCUGGCUGAUCGGACAGGAAGGCGGCUAUGAAGAACCAUCUCAGGAGGUUCGCAUGUGGUCUCGGUUAACAGACUUAGCCUCAUCGGCUCACUCGGUCGCCGCCUUCGCAUCUUUCCUCAUAUUCUUGGUCAACGGCCGCUACCGCACAUUAGUCGACAGAAUUCUACGAAUCCGCCUUACACCACCAUCUGCCCAGGCCAGUCGGGAAGUUUCCUUCGAAUACCUAAACCGACAACUAGUCUGGCAUGCCUUUACCGAAUUUCUACUAUUCUUGCUACCUCUCGUUGGAAUCAGUCGCUGGCGGCGAUGGGUGUCUCGUGCGUGGCGGAAGACCGUCAAUGCGCUCAAAUCAAGCGUGGAAGAGGAAGAAUCCACUGGUAAACAAGGAGAGCUUGCCCAUCUUCCAGAACGUACAUGUGCUGUUUGCUACCGAAACCAAAAUCCUACUUCCACCACCGAAAGCGAUGUGCUCGCGGCCUCAGCCUCUGUUGGCAUUGCGGGAUCCGCACAGACGGAUAUCACCAACCCAUAUGAAACACUUCCUUGUGGCUGUAUCUACUGUUUUGUCUGCAUUGUUCAGAAGCUCGAAGGAGAAGAGGGCCAGGGAUGGACCUGUCUGCGAUGUGGUGAGGUCGUCAAGAAAUGUCAGCCUUGGAGCGGAGAUGUUCUUGAAGAGGCUCGCUCACAACCCGGGACUGGAAAGAUUGUGGGAUUUGCUAUGGACGAUGAGACUGGUCUCAAGGAGAUAGAUCAAAUUGGUGAUACCACCAGCAACUCAUAA